GGUAAGAAGAGCUGCUGUUCCUGAUUUAUGGAAAACAACUGUUUGGUAUUUAUGGUGUUGAAAUGGUGUUCAUGAUUUUCGGUUGAAAUAAAAGUAAUCGUUGACUCAUAAUUCAACAAGUUGAACAUUAUUAUUGACUCUGUAUGUAUUUUUGUGAUUUAUGUAACUAUUGUGGUGAACUUUUUGUGUUGUUUCAACGUAAAGGAGACAUUUAUGGUGCCUAGUGCUUUAAGAUUGAAAGGUGCCGUCACCUGGUGGCGAUAACCUCAACUACAAGACCCCCAAGUUACUAGGAGCAAGCGCAGAGCCGUUCUCGUGGUUUUUUGGUGCAUUGACGUUGCAGCCUCUUCAAUACCACCCGGAUGUAUCGGGUAACCACCAAUAAUGGCAGUGAUUAGCAGAACAACAUAAGGAGACCAGUUACCAUAGAGACAUCUCCCACCUCCCGGAGCUGGUGCUAUUUUCCUCGACACCACCCAGGCCGGAGUCGCCAGAUGGCCUACUGAAAGACCAAAGGACUAUGGAUAAGGAGAAUGGGGACAGAGACAAGGCCUCAGCAUCUGGUGAUGCCAAUCCCCUCAUGGAUCCCCUCAACAUGUUUGCAGGGCAUGGCAUUUUUGGAGGAGCUUUACCAGCUAAUUAUGGACACCACCUAACCAAUGCCUACAGUGCACUGCUGGGUGGGGGAAGGGGUGGGCAGUUUCCCCCCUCUCCUCACCCACCCACCACUAGCGCUUAUGGCAGUCUGGGAACCCUGAGUGUUGCCGCGAGCCAAGCCGCCAGUCUGGGCAUCAAUCCUGCCAGUGCAGCAUGGUGGACUAUGGCUUCUCACCUGGCUGCCCAGGACUAUCUGGCUAGGCUCCAGGCUGCUGGCAUGCCCUUCCCUGGACUUCCAGCAGACAUGCAAAGCUUCCCUCUCAUGUCGCCUCAACACUCUCAAGUUUCAGGAGGUUCGAAGCAGUCACAGAGCAGCCACAGUAAGGCAUCGUUGUCGCACGGUCACUCGACUGCUAGCAGCACUGCUACCAGCCAUCACCAGCCUUCUAUGCUAAACUUACCGACUUCAAGGGAGGGAAGUGAUCCGUCUGGAGUGUUGGGUGGUGUGCGUCUGCCUCCGGACACAGAGAUCAUCAAGUACACCUCCUCUAUUAUUGGACCCAAGGUUCCCGGUACCACCAACCGGGGCCGCAAGAAAACCAUUUCUCUGGACCCACCGUCUGUGAGCGUUACCCCCACCCACUCUACAUCCAGCUUGUCGAUUGAUCGUUCUCGAAAGAACAAGAACAUCGAUAACUUAGUGAGUCACUCACAGCUGUCGCCCCACCUGCAAGGACCCCUGGCUCUGGAUCCGGAUCACCGGGAAAGAGAGUCAGAGCUGACUGAACUGAUGAGGCUACAACAGAGCGUAAGCAACGGUCAAGUCACUCCACAAGCCUCACCGGUGCCUCCCGGCUACCACACACCUCCCAUCCCCACCACUGCCAACGCACCCCUGCACCCCCCCGUCAUGGACUGUGAUGCCCCUCUCAACCUCAGUCUGAAGCCAGCCUCUUCACCACAAACAGCCAACAACGCCCUUCAGUCGCUCUCGUCCUUGUCACAGUCUCUUGGACAAAUUCCAGACCGCAUCUCUCGACGGAAGCCGGGACCCAAACCUAGGCGAGUGAGUCAGUCUCCACUACCCCCACCUGGCCCUGCACCCAGUGCGUCUUUGGCUCAGUUGUUUGCAGCAGCUGACUCUCCCCGCCCUCCUAGUGCAAGUGAAGACACAGACUCCAGCAGCCAUCACAAGGACGGGAGGCCACGGAAUCUUGGGCGUGGGGUGUCCAAGCCUAAGAAGAACACGGUAGCGUCACUAUUGGCUCAGAGCCGAGCCCUGGGACUCAACUCUCCCCUCAACCACCAAGUCAACCUGCUCAAGGCCAAUAUCCUCCAGCAACAGAUGCAAGCUGCAGGUAAAGGAGAAACAGAGACUGAAGAAAAGAACAGGACAUCCUCCCCGAGCAGUAUUGUUGAUGAAAUGGAGAGAAACAAGAAACUUUUACAACAGGCAAGCCUGAGGAGCCUAGAAGAACUUAAAGCAUUGGUCCAGGAGACAUAUAGUGAGACUAGUAGUGUACCGGAUGUGAGCAGCGAUACUAACUCGGAUUCUGACUCGGAUAGUGAAGACACUCACAUGGGCAGUAAAAAACGUGAAGGAGAGCCAUUACAAGCUGAAGAUAUUAAAAGACAGAAAGUUGGAAUUAACGAGGACGAACUGCGUAUUCCACUACUGAAAGGAUGGAAAAGGGAAACGUUGAUCAAGAGCGUAGGAAAGUCUGGUCAAAUACGUGGAGACGUUACGUACAAAUCUCCUUGUGGUCGUAGAUUUAAACAGUACUCUGAGGUGUUGAGGUACUUAGAGAAAAACAGCAUCUCUGAUCUUUCAAGAAACAACUUCUCAUUCAGCUCAAAAGCCAUUGUUGGGGAGUUUAUUCAUUGCCCUAAGGGUGGAGAACCUAAACUGGUCUCAGAGCAGGAGAUCCUGGACACUUUGGCUGACUUGAAAGUCAUAGAAUCCCUCAGGCUCGAAGCAGAAUCAGGCAAGCACGAGAAGGAAAAAUUGGUGAUAGCUGCAAAAGAAGCUAAGAAAGCGGCGAAGGAAGAGGCUGCUCGAACAAAGGAACUUACCAGGUUCAUCAAAGAACAAGAAAAAAGUGAGAAGCAAGAAGCUAUCAGAAAAGAAAGGGAGCAACGAAGCAUUCAAAUGCUAGAGGCUCGCAGGAAACGCCAGGAAGAGGCUGGAAAACUAAAACAGGAAGAGCAACAACGCAAGCAGCAGGAAAGGGAAAUGAAGAGGCAACAAACAGCGCUUCUAAAGGAACAGAUUUACAUGCAAGAACUGAGUAAACAGAGGGAACUAUUAUACACCGUUGAGUUGGAGAGAGAACGUAGGCGACAGCAUAUGGCACUAGUGAAGUCUCUUGAAAUUAGGAAGAAACAAGAGGAAAAAGAAAAACGUAGAUUAGAAGUUAGAGCUGAAAAGAUGGCCUCUAGGGAGAAGAGGAUGGAACAAAGAAGAAUUGACAUGGAUUUGCUAUCAGAAAUAAGAAAACCCGUUGAAGACAUGGAAUUACCUGAUUUAAAACCACUUCCGGAACUAAGCAGAAUUCCUGGUUUGAAAUUGUCUGGACAGGCAUUCGCUGAUACGCUUAUGGUAUUUGAAUUCUUGCACAAUUUUGGUGAAACUUUAGGAUUUGACAUGGGAAGUCUGCCAACAUUGAACAGCUUGCAGAACGCUCUGCUCGGAGACGAGGAAGCUGAGGAGGAGAUGUUAUCAGUAAUGACUCAUCUGAUCAUCUGCGCUAUCGAAGACCCCGGCAUCCCCAACCCGGCACGACACACCACACUGCUCGGCCAGAGCCUCAAGCAGGCUGACAUCACACAUUCCAACAUCUCUGAGAUCCUCAGAAUCUACCUCUACGCCAAUGCUACUGGAGAAGUCAAAGCUUUAAGUGGUGUGCAAUUUGAAAGGGAAAGGGAAAAGAGGAUGUCGGACCAUCAUAACAACAUGAAUGAAAGCGCUGGGGAAGAAUCAGAAACCGGGAAAAAUGCUGCUUUCUUCGUGGCUCUUCGGGAAAAUGCUACUUGGAAGAUGUCAGAGACUCUAAAACAUAAGCCUUUCUUGGCAUUAAACGCAACACUGAAGGCGAAGAUUCUUCAGUUCCUGUGUCAUGAGCUGUUGCAGAACAAAGCUGUAAUCAGACAAAUCGAAGGAGCGAUUGAGACUGUUGCACAACUCAAACGAGAUCGCUGGACCAAUGAUUCCAAGCUCAGAAAAUUGAGACACCUACACAACCGCAAAGUGAGGCAGAUGACGAUCAGCAUGAUGGGAGGCAAGCUGCCACCAGAGGCUGAUGACGAUGCGCCUCCUAAGGACCAUGACGAUGAAGAAGAAGGAGAGGGUGAGAGUGGAAACGAGAGUGACGGAACUCAACCAGAAGAGGAAGAAGACAAAAAGUUGAGCAUCGAAGAGAUGGCUCGGAAACUGGAGAAACUAAACCGUCAGGCUGAACAGACGUUGAACAAUCUGGCGGAGUCUGGUGGCCAGCUGCGGGCAGUAUGCUACGGUCAAGAUCGCUACUGGCGACGGUACUGGAGCCUGCCAACAGCUGGUGGUUUGUAUGUCGAAGGCAUGGAGUCCGCCGAGCCCGAACUGUUUGAGGAGCUCCUUCAGCAGGAAGAUAAUGACUCCCUUGAAACCCCAGACAUCAAAAGUGAAUAUGAAGCGGAAGUGUUACAAAAACCACUGGAUGACGCGGAUGAUGAUAACGAUGAUGAUGAGAUGCCUCAUCUGACUCCUGAAGUCGAUCCAGAAACACUUCUCUCCAAGUUUAAGCAACAGGAGAACAUGGAUGAAGAACCAUCUGAAUUGCCAAUGUUAAAACAGAGCAAGGAAGAUAGUGAGAAAAAUGGUAAAUUAGAUGACAUGGAAACCGAGGAGAGUCAUUCAAAACAUGAAUGUUCUGGUGGUGAAGAGGACAGUGACAACAAGUUAUUGUCAGAUGAUAAAAAAUCUCAGUCAUUCCAGUUUGGAAAAAUAGAUGAAAAAAGUAUGGAGGAGACAACGAUAACAAAUGGGCAGAUGGAAUCUGAGCCAGCAUGGUUCAAUAUACUACCUCGGGAACCGUGUGACACUACCUCCGUCACUGCCACCACUUCAGCUUUCAGGUGUGGGAUAGAAAACAGUGAAGUGCGUAUCCCUGUGUUUCCACCCCCACCACCUGCCUCCCCCUCACCAUCUCAGUGUGAUUCUCCCUCACCGGCCCCCCUCGCUCUGACACCCGAGGAGAGUGCUCAGUUACAGCACUGCAAGAUCUAUGGACUCCCCAGGCCGGCUCCAGCCAAACCUAUACCAUACGAUCUGCGUUGUGGCUGGUGGCGUAUUUCCGACACGUCUGUGUUGCAAGCCCUGGUGGAGGGUCUCCAUACGCGCGGUGCACGCGAGAAAGAGUUGCGCCGUACCAUCACUAGACCCUGCCUCGACCAGAACUGGGGCUCCACUCUUAAGAUGUGUGUGAGAUCGGGGACCGCGGCCACAGAGCUGCCGGUGACACCAGAGGAGAUGUUGCUGCCACACAAAGUACCACCCCGAGACUCACCGGACGACUGGAACUUCAAUGUGGCUCUCCGGGUCGACAUGGCUGUGCUAGAACAGGUGGAAGCGAUGGAAGACAAGGUCGCAAACGCCAGUAUGCAAGUCAAGGGGUGGAAAGUACCUCCGAGGGCCAGUACAGAAGAAGGCCGAGCUUUCCAACCCUCAUGCAGUCACCCAUCUCCCGACGUCAACCCCAUCAUCGUGGCCAAGUCGAGGCUCAUCGAUUUAGAAAAUGUGAUAGAACGGAGGUACCUGAAACCUCCCCUCGGUGUUAAUGUAACUGCAGUAGAUGUGAACCUGAGCGCUAGCAUUGACUUGGAGACGGUGCCCAAAGGUCUGGUGACCUGGCGGGAUGCCGUCAUCAAGUCUCAGACCGCCGCACAACUCUCCAUGGCACUGCACAUGCUUGAGGCUUCCAUUGCUUGGGACAAAAGCAUUAUGAAAGCUGUGAGUGCGUCUCUCACUCCAAGUAAUUGUCAGUUCUGCCAUAGCGGGGACAAUGAGGACAAAUUGUUACUGUGCGACGGGUGCGACAAAGGAUAUCACACUUACUGCUUCAAGCCGAAGAUGGAAAAUAUUCCUGAAGGAGAUUGGUAUUGUUACGAAUGCAUGAACAAGGCUACAGGAGACAAGUGUUGCAUUGUAUGUGGAAAGAAACUUGGUCGCAACUUGGUAGUUUGUGAUAGCUGUCCUAAAGCUUACCACACCGAUUGUCUGCAACCCCCUAUUACCAAGGUGCCUCGGGGGAAGUGGCACUGCCCCACUUGCCUAGCAAAGAUGCCCCGCAAGCGGUUGAGCUCCAAGCGAACUGUCAGCAACACCAGUCCCAGCAGUUCCGCGACUCGCAGUGAAGAUGGUCCCGGCAACAUUGUAGAGCCUAAUCUUAGCAGCCCGAUGGUACCUGAAGAGACUGCUCCUGAGUCACCACCUCAACUUCAGCCAGCUGUGAAAAAAGAAAAGACUGGUGGUAAGAAGAUGGCCAAGGAGAUGGCCCCUUGCAGACAACUCUUAGACGACCUGGAGAGUCAUGACGAGGCCUGGCCUUUCUUGCUCCCAGUCAAUACGAAACAGUUUCCCACGUACAAGAAGAUUAUCAAAAACCCCAUGGAUUUCAGUACAAUCAGAAAACGGCUGAUGGACUCGUGGUACAAGUCACGGGAAGAUUUCUGUUCAGAUGUCCGCCUUAUUUUUAAUAACUGUGAAACGUUUAAUGAAGACGACUCACCCGUUGGCAAAGCCGGUCACAAUAUGCGAUUGUUUUUCGAAACAAGAUGGACUGAAUUAAUGAAUCAGAAGCAACCAUCUUAAUUGCAUUCUGACAUAGUACAUAGUCAUUGAUCCGUUUACAGUAUUAAAUAGGAGAUAGACAUUUGUUGAGAUUUUCAUUUGUGGUCAAAUCAAAUUAUAAUUCUAUUUUUUAACUUGUGUAUGGAGUAUAUCUUUAUCUUAACAUCUAUAAAGCUAAAUGUGCAAUUGGGACAGUUUUACGUACACAGUUAUUUAUUUCAUUUAAGAUUCUCACAUUCAGUGUUAACAAUGUAAAAUAUAGAAUGUGUUAAUUGCAUUUCUGUGUAACUGGCCCAUUUGUUCUAGAGAUUAUUUUAUAUUUUUUAUAAAUAUAUAUAUAUAUAAAUAAAAAUAUAUUUAUAGUUUAGUCUAUUAGUUUUGUUGUUUUGUUUUGUUAUUUUGUUGGACAGCUCGAUAGCUAUCCUGUCCCUGUUUGACUGGACUAGUCAUAUUCUUCCGCAGUCGGCACCGAUGCAUUGUGUGUCAGUUGCAUUUAUUGUUUUUCUCCUAAUAAAUAUAUGUUGACAUUUGUCUGAUACAGAGGAACAUCAGGUUUAAAACAUAAAUUAUUAUUGUUUAAGCCAAAUUCUUGGUGAUCUCAGGGCAAAUCGUAGCACUUAACUCCAGCUGUUGUGCUUAAACUAAAAUUCAUGUUUUAAAUUUUACUUAUUUCAUUUCAUUUCAUUCAUUUCCAUUUAAACAACAUUAAAUUAUUUGAUUAGUUAUAAUUGUGUUCUCUCAACAUCAUGACUUGGUUAGGAUAUCAGUACUUUUCUGAGUUAUAAACAUCUUACUGACCAGGGACUUUUACGAGGAUAUCAAAACGAAUUUAGUGAUGAAAUAAAUUUUGCUUAUCUAUUGCAUUUUGAGCUCACAAUGAACAAUGUUUUAAAAAUAUGUGUAUAAUAUUUUGUUACUUUCAUGACAAAAGGAAAUAAAAAUGACAUAGACAUGACUAUCAAAAUAUUUGUGUUUUAAAAGAUAAUAUUGUCAUGAUUAAAAAUCGAUUAUGAAAGUCAGAUCAUAGUUUGAUGUAUAGAGAAAACAUUAUACACAAUUUUUAUACGUUUUUAUUUACUAAUCCUAGUUAAAUCAGUGUUCUUUUAGUUUUAUUUCACUUUAUAAUGUUACCUGAUUUGUACAUUUAACACCUAAGAUUGAUUUAAUGUUGCGCGUUUGACCCUAGUGGCAAUAUUUUGGACAAUUCCAUUCAAAAGCUUUAUAUAAAUUUCAUACUUUGCAAAAUUUCCUUUAUUAGCAUAGUCAAAGCAAUUGUGUAGGAUUAUGAAUAUUUUUGUCUAGCUUAAAAAUAGUUAAUUACAAAUUGUUGUCCCAAGUAUUGCUAGUAGAGAAAACACAAUAUCACUUUGUCUAUGUGUUUCAGUGUUUUUAGUUUUGCACACUGUUGUGUAAUUUUUAUACAUCGGAAUAUUUUGGCAAUUUAACUUAAAAUUCUUAGUAAAAUAUAAACAAAUUGCCCAUUAAAAGUUAAAAUCUGCUAUAUGUCAACAUCUUGAGCUGUUUUCAAGCUAGAAGAAAAUGUAUGGUUCAUUUACAUUACCUUAAUAUUUUAUAUAAUUCUAUGAGUUAUAUGUGUAAAAUGUAAAGAUCAGUAUUUUACAUGUGUUUUUUUAUUACUUCAGUUAUGUUUGUUUUGUCUAAUCAUCAGUUUUAAUAUAUGAUCAUUUUCAAAAUAUUUCAUUAUUAUUAUUAUUAUUAUGCCGUUCUGCUUCUAUUAUUUAAUGUUGUAAUAGAUAAUAUACAAUUUGGAAAUGAUUGUUGUUUUUUUAUAAUCAAUCUACUCUGCAUAACUGUCCAAUUUCUAGUCGUCAGUUCUUAAAAAUGAGUUUAAUGUCUUUUUUAUACUCAUUUAGAGAAUUGUCCUUAAGACAGUUUAAGAUAAUUUUAAGUUCUCAUGCCAUGUACUUAUCUCAGUUACAGCAAACAAUCUAAAAUAAUAAAAUUAGAAACUGAAAUAGAAAGAGGACAGUGCACUCUUGCGUGUUAUUGUCUUAAAAAGCUAAAUACAAUUAAAAGUGUUUUAAACUGUAUGUCUGCCCCAAAUGCAAGUGGCUUUGAAUGUAUAAUUAAGAGUUCUUUUAUGUAAUUGGUCGUAAUGUUUAAUGUGCUUUUAAGAUACUCUGUUCAUUUCAAAAAUAAAUUGCAACAAAAUCAUGAUUUUUCACCAAAUACUAGUUAAUAAUAUGUUAUCUGUUAGCUUGAGAGCUAAUAAAAAUAUUUUUCACUAUUGUU